CUCGCGGUGUCAGAGUGCUAGCAGUGAGAAGCAGAUGCGCGAUUGUGUCCACAUUAAAUGUUGCGCGAAGGUAAGGUAUACUGCCUCUUGUGAAAAGGAACAUUCAGAGAGAAGCCAGCUAUCUACCUAACCUGCACUGAAGUCAUUGAUUUCAGCAUCCCUGGAUAUUCAGCACUAUAUCUGAACAGGACAUUUAUUGAGCUUUUGUCGGAGUUGGUGAGGAGUCGGCCGGUGAGGUAGAUGGCCAGAUGAAUUAGAUCCAGGGGAAGCCGUGGCCGUGGACAUGACUGAUCUGUUGGCUGUUUUCUGGUGAAUGGAUCAGGGCGUGCUGUGACCAUGCGUUGCCUGGCGGCCCGGGUCAACUACAAGACCCUGAUCGUCAUCUGCGCCCUCUUCACCCUCCUCACCGUGCUUCUGUGGAACCGCUGCUCUAGCGACACCGCCCUGCGCUUCCUCCCGCGGGCCCCGCCGCCACCCCCCAGCGCCAAGGGGGGCGACGCCAGCAUUAGCAGCCAGCAGCAACCUCCGCAGCCCCCGGAGCCGCCGCCCAUAGUAGGCGGAGCUGCCGGCAUCAAGUACGAAGAGAUCGACUGCCUGAUUAACGACGACGUCACGAUAAAGGCUCGGCGGGACGGUGCUGAAGUGUACUUCCCUUUCAGCUGGCUGGAGAAGUACUUUGCCGUUUACGGCAAGGUGGUGCAGUACGAUGGUUACGAGCGCUUCGAGUUCCAGCACAGCUACUCCAAGGUGUACGCGCAGCGCGAGCCCUACCACCCGGACGGAGUCUUCAUGUCCUUCGAGGCUUACAACGUGGAGGUGCGCGACCGCGUCAAGUGCAUCAGUGGAGUGGAAGGUGUGCCCCUCUCCACCCAGUGGGGUCCCCAGGGCUACUUCUAUGCCAUCCAGAUCGCCCAGUACGGCCUGAGCCACUACAGCAAGAACCUGACGGAGCGGCCACCCCAUGUGGAGCUGUACGACGCGGCCGAGGAGAAGGACAACCGCGCGGGCUCACCCAGCGGGCCCUGGACGGUCCCCAAGGGCUGCAGCCUCACACGGCUCCACGACAAGGGGCGUGCCACCGCCGUGCGCCAGUUCAGUGCCCCAGGUGAUGCCGCGACGGGUUGUGCGACUGAUAGUCCGUGGGCGCGGCGCCAUCGACAACGUCACCAUCGCCACCACGGCGCACACGGCUGCGUUCUUCGCCGCCAGUGACUGGCUGCUGCGCAACCAGGACGAGCGUGGCGGAUGGCCCAUCAUGGUCACACGCAAGCUGGGCGAGGGUUUCCGCCCGCUGGAGCCCGGCUGGUACUCAGCCAUGGCGCAGGGCCAGGCCAUGUCGACUCUGGUCCGUGCCUACCUCCUCACCAAGGAGCAGACGUACCUGAACGCUGCGCUGCGUGCCACCGGCCCCUACAAGCUGCCCUCUGAACAGCACGGCGUCAAGGCUGUCUUCAUGAACAAGUACGACUGGUACGAGGAGUACCCCACUACACCAGGCUCCUUCGUGCUCAACGGCUUCAUAUACUCACUGCUCGGUCUCCACGAUCUGGCCGAGACGGCGGGCGAGAAACUAGGCCGGGAGUCUGGCCUGUUGUUCUCUAGGGGCAUGGAGUCCCUCAAGGCCAUGCUGCCGCUGUACGACACGGGCUCGGGCAGCAUCUACGACCUGCGGCACUACAUGCUGGGCACAGCCCCCAACCUGGCACGCUGGGACUACCACACCACGCACAUCAACCAGCUGCAGCUGCUGGCGUCCAUCGAUAACGCGCCCAUCUUCCGGGACGUGGUGAAGCGCUGGAAGAGCUACCUGAAGGGGGGGCGGGCCAAGCACAACUAGGAGCCGGUCCUGGACCAUAAACUCUUUGGGGAGGUGUGGGAGGGAACCGGGUGGUUUUUGUAUGUGUGUGGGUGUGCACAUCUAUCUGUUUGUAAAGCCUACGUAGCUAAGUGUGUGUGAUCUGGUAAGGUUACAGAGAAGGUGAAAGGUGCGUUCAGUCUAAAAGCGGUAAAUGUCUGCGAUGCCGCUACAGUCCCGGGUCUUCUUUUUGCCACUGUAAUUGCAGCUGUGGUCUUUUCCGAGCUAGCUGUUGUAAUUAUGUGCAAAUGUAGCUUCAGGGAGUGUGUCUGUGUGUAUGGGAGAAAAAGGGUGCCCCCCCUUCCCCCCUAUUUGUCUCUUCACUCAUCAGGAUGCUGCAGAAGAAGAAUGUCUUGGGUGGGUUUAUUGAAUAGCUUUGUUCCAACACUUUAUUCCUUCACUAACCUCCCCUCCAAUUGUCUUUUUUGUUUACGGUCUCAUCUGUGUUUUGGGAUGGCUGAAGAACUAGCUGACUGAAGCCAUAAUGUAAAUACUAGAUGGAGUAUGAUAUGAUUCUUUUAUUUGGAGGAGAGACUAAUUUAUAAAGACUCUUUUUGGAGGAGAGUCUUUAUAAAUGAUGAAUUUUGGAUCAGGUUUUCCCCCGUCCGACCAGUUUUCCAACAACAUUGAUAAUAGUUGUUUUGAGCGUACCAAAUGUUGUUUGUUGUUCUAUGAAAGUAAAUAGUCCACUGAUUGGUGUUCAGAGUAGAAAGAUAAGGAGCUACCAUCGUCAUUCACUAACAAUAGCUCCCCUGGAUUAUCAUGAGUUACCCCAGUUGAUGUAGAAUCAGUUUAUUUGAACCCAAUCCCAACCUAAAACAUCAGUAUCCAAUAAAUAGAUCUGACUUGCGAUCAGCUCUUAGGGGCAGCAACAUCUCACCCCCCCCCCUGAAAACAUCCUAUUCCCAUAGGCCUCAUAACCACCUCACCACAAUCUCAUUUUGGGGGGGCGAAGAUUGAACCCUGCGGAGCCCCAUAGUGCUAAUCUGUUCAGGGGCGGUGUCCGUGUAGCUGCUCUCAGGUCAGUUUGAUUGCUCUGGGACACGGGUUGUAUUUCAGCCCAGCAAUGGGAGGCAGCAUCCCUGAUCCCCGGCCACAACUAGCUCCCAUUACAGCUCCCUGGGGUCGGCCCAUCUUCCUUCACAUACUGGAGCCAGAGGCAUUCGCUAUAGUCGUUACAUUACAUCUUUUCCCAUUGCCAGGAAAUGGCCGCCCUCCCCUCAGUCUGAGACUGGAGCUCUGUUCAUAUCCAUUAUAAAUCCUCCUUCCUUGAUUUUCGUGAACCCUCUCCAGUUGAGUGUCUGAUCAGCAAAUGAAAUGUAGAUGAAUGUUAUUUCUCUUUGAAUAUUGUUAUUGUUUCAGUAACACUGACAUCAUAUCCUAUUUUACAUUCAUUGUCAGAAAUACUGGCUACUACACUACAUUGUGAUUACUCUAUCAAUCAUCUGGAAAUUAUAUCAAUCAUUUGCUAAUCAAUACACUACAAUUGUGGAAAGGCGUGUGUCUGUGCGUGUGUGAGAGUGGUCAGAUUGAGGCGUCAUGUUGUUCGAGGAACACUGUCAACAUCUUUAGUGUCUCAACAAGAACAUCGCCGGCGGCCGAGGUUGUUUUGAACACUGCCCUAAUUGUUGUCACACGGAGACGCCGGCGGAAAGCAACCUAAUGACACUCUGUCUCUCUCCCAUCCGUUAGCAUGCGUGGGCUCAGGCCUGUUUCAUCUCCCUGCCUGGCCUAUUGACCGGUGGAUGUGAGUGAAGAGGGCUGCAGAGCCACCUCUAAUUCAGACGGUUAAUAGGCUUGAGUCUUCAGAGUCUGUCGGUGGUGCAGCCGAGGCAGCAAGGAAUGAUUCAGCUUUUAACUGACUGGAAAACAAUGGCUGGCCAAGACUAAGAAGACGGUUUCACUUCUUCUGACUGAUAUGGAGUCAGAUCAAAGAUGGUUUGUGAAAAGCAUGUCCUGCAGCUGUGGUAUAGAUGGAUCGGGUUUCACCGUCUCCAACCGGCUACAGGAAUUCUAAAGUGCGUAAGAGGUUUGAAAUAUUCUUUGUUCUAAAGGACCACCCCAUUUCCCCCAUUUUCUUACAUCACUUUUUAACUUGAUCAAGGAUGAAAUCCGACGACUUUAGUAACGUUGGCCCUCGCUCUUUGAGGUGAUGCCAGUGACAUGUAUAAAAUAAUGAGAGGAAAAGCUACUACUGGUGUGAGUCUGGCACUGCUGUCAGAGAGGAGACGGUAAGAAGAGUGGGAGCUACAUGUUUUCAUUAGAACAUGCAGAGGAAAUGGUUUAGUCAAUGGGGUUUAACCUUCAUUUACUCUCAGUGAUAUUCAGUGUCAGUCCAGGUGCAGUAGUUCUCAAAGGCCCAACCUUGUGUUUCCCAGCCUGGUCCCAGAUCUGUUUUAGCACCACAAUGACCAUAGGAUUUCACAAGAUGGCACAAACACAUCUGAGACCAGGUAGUGUGUGUCUCCCUGCUCCAUCUGAUCUCCCAGGUUCCAUGUCAGUCACAGGGUUCAGAUGGUCACCUCUUCACCCUCUGUGACCCUUGCCCUCUUGUGCCCUGCUCUGAUUUCAUUCUGGAGGCCAAGUCAUUGUCUGCUGAGAAAUUGCACUCUGAACCUGUCAUAACUUGACAUCCCCUGAUUUGGAUAUUGUUUGAUUCUCUUAAUCAUUGGUUGAUCAUUUCUUUUCAAUCUCAUUUCUUCACAUGAAUACCACUAUGCAUAUUUCAUACUCUGACGGGAAUAAGAAUGAAGUACAUUCUUUAAAGGGAUAUUGGGACAGCUAGGCGUACCGGUAGGGCCUGUGUUUAUUGAGAGCUUCAUUUUGUUCAUACCAAAGUCUUUAAAAGUCCAGGUUGUUUGAGUUCUUAUUUUUGUUUCUGCAGAUUUUCCAUGAAGCAUUUUGUUUGUCAGUCUCAAGUCUGAGAUAUCACAAGAUGACAAACGAUAAUGCUUAAACAAGAGUUUCUGCCUUCCCCCCUCAGAGACAACGGGGGGGAUCAACUGCCUUUUGAAAAAUGUGUUUUUUGAAAUGUAGAUUCUAAUAGAGUAGUGUCGGAAGUUAUAGUUAACAGAAGAUAUGUGAAACUCGCCUGUCUAAUGGGAUGUGUGCAACCGUACAUCUAGUGUUAGUGCUCGGUCAUAUUUCAAAGGGAAAAAUAGGCUCCUAACUGCAGAUCCUCCUGGAGGGGGUUGUAGUUUACCAGCUUGUUUUGUUUAGCGUUGGUUUACAUGGUGGAAGGAUUUGCUUUAGGGUCAGCUGUUUUGUUUUGUUGUUGUUGAGUAAAGCACAAUCACAGGCUCCAUUAGUUGGUCUAUAUUUCUGUUGGAUUUUGUUUCUUCUGGACAAUGUGCAACGCCUUCCUUUUGAAAGCUGCUAUUGUUUUCCACUGUGGAAUGGAAUCUUUCUACUCUUUAUUUUCUCUCCUUUUCAACUUGAUUCUUUCCACUAUCCUGUAAAUUGACAUGUGCGGAUCACAUGUGACUUAUGCAAUAAAAUGUAGACUGGAUCCCAGCUGCCGAGGGGCGCCCAGAGAGCGGUUGUACAGACAAGCACAAUGUGCACAUGCUACCAUUUUUUUUAUGCAGAGAAAAAGUGUUUAUAUAUAAGAGUGAAUCUUUGUGCUUAAAAGUCGCUUUUUAAAGUUGUAAAAUAAAUACAUUUUUCUUAA